AUGAGUAAUGGAAACACAACCUCAUCCACCACACCAAUAAUCAAUGAUACAAAUGACUCGAAGAUCAUUCAAGAAUUCAAAAAGUUCAAUCCUUCAACAUUUGAUGGAUCAUUUGUGGAUCCAACUAUAGUAGAGAAUUGGAUAACAGAAAUAGAAACUAUUUUCCACCACAUGAACAUCCCAGAAGAACAGAAAGUAAAUUGUGCCACCUUCAUGUUAAGGGGCGAUACAAAGUUAUGGUGGGAAUCCACCCAAAGAACAAUCAAAGGUUCAGUCUCAUGGCAACAAUUCAAUCAGGCUUUUUAUAACAAGUAUUUCCCUUUGACAGUGAGAUAUCAAAAGGAAGUGGAAUUUCUUAAUCUUCGUCAAAAGAAUAUGUCAGUGGCAGAGUAUGAACAGAAAUUUGAUCGCUUGUCUCACUUUGUUCCUCGACUAGUGGACACAGAAAAGAAGAAAGUGGAAAGGUUUAUUUGGGGAUUAAGAGAAGGCAUUCGAGGCAUUGUUACUGCUUUCCGACACAAAGAGUAUGCCCUUGCCCUCGAGUCGGCCUUACUCAUGGAAGUAGAUCUUGCUGCCGAAACCUUAACUUCUGAAUGA